CGUACGGCACGACCGCGCAAUGGCUGCCUCGGCGGCCAAGAAAGUGGUCCAACCACCACCCAACCUCUUCAUCCGCCUUGAAGGCGUCGAAGGGCUUGACCUGAAUGCCUCACCACCUGCUCCACCGGCUUUCCGUCUGGCCGUCGACGCGGCCUGGGUGCCGGCGCGCUACCGGUACUGCAGCGGAGGCGGCAACUCGAUGCUGCGCGUCUCCUACCACUACCACGGUAUGAUCCUGGCAUGGGGUCGCGUGCCUUGGUUCUGUGUUGAAGGCAGUCCGACUGAAGACGGCGGCGUCGAUGAUGUGGUCACGGUGGAGGCCAAAGCGGAGGGCGCUGUGCUGCGCGAGGAGGUGAGCUGCUUGGUGCAGGGCGAGCUGCAGGUCGUGGGGAAGGCUGAGUUUGACGUGGAGGGAAAGGUGGCGGGGUUGGGAUAUCUUCGCUGCGAGACUUUGCUGUUCAAAGGCAAUGCUACCAAUGAGUCCAGCCUCUGCCUAGUUCAAUAGUGUAUAAUGUGGUAGAUGCCAGAUUAUCUUAUCUUUGUGCAAAUUACUGUUAUUAUGUAAUCAACUACCUUUCUAUCUAUUUUUCAUGGA